UUUGUUGUAUUUUUCCCUUGUUUUACUCAUUACCUCAAUAUUGUUCAUAGACUCAGUUUCACAUGUAAACUUCAACUUCGGGUUUCACUUAUAUAACUAUAUAUAGAAAGACUGGUCGUAUUUUUUUCUUCAAUAAAUAUUUCUCUUUUUCAGUUCUGUGAUUUGAUGUUUCAAAAAUAUGGUUGAAGAAGUAUUAUCUAAGGUAUUUUGGGUUGUUGCUGCUACCGUGUUUGCAGCUGCAACAGUGGGUUACGCGCAACAAGUGCCAUGUUACUUCAUCUUUGGAGAUUCAGUUUUUGAUAGUGGCAACAACAAUAACUUGCAAACUAAGGCAAAAGUUAACUUUUUACCUUAUGGUAUUGACUUUGCCAAAGGCCCGACUGGCCGGUUCACCAAUGGCCGCACUAUCACAGAUUUUAUCGGUGAGCUCUUGGGUUUUAAGGAUUUCAUUCCGCCAUUCGCCAGAGCAUCACUAGAACGAGCUCACAUCGGGAUGAACUAUGCUUCUGGUGCAGGUGGACUCCGUGAAGAAACUAGUGAACAUUUGGGUGGUCGAAUAAGUCUAAGAAACCAAAUACUAAACCACAAGAAGGUGAUAAAGAAAGUGAAUGUGCCAUUACAUAGACUGGAACAAUGCCUCUAUGCAAUCAGCAUCGGAAGCAACGAUUACGUCAACAACUACUUCAUGUCAAAACCAUACAACACGAGUCGCCGUUUUAAGCCUAAUCAAUAUGCACAUUCUCUCAUCUUACUCUAUCAUACUCAUUUGAAGAGUUUGCACCACUUAGGAGCGCGGAAAGUGGCACUUUUUUCAAUCAGUAAGAUUGGUUGCACACCAAAGAUGAUUAGGUCCCAUGGUGGCGGAAAAGGUUGUGCGAGAGAGGUGAACACUGCAGUGGCAAUCUUCAAUAAGAACCUAGAGGACCUUGUACAAGAUUUCAAUAAGAACGUCCAUGGUGCUAAGUUCACCUAUGUUGAUAUCUUCUCUGGUGGAGAUCCCUUAGCUUUCAAAGUUUUAGGAUUUAAGAUUAGACACAAGGCUUGUUGUACAUUAUCUCCAGGGGAAGAACUUUGCGCACCAAACAAACCAGUUUGUGGAAACCGGAGUGAAUAUGUCUUCUGGGAUGAUAUUCAUAGCUCCGAAGCCACUAAUAUGAUGAUGGCUAGAAGCUCAUUUGAUGGAUCUCUAGGUAGUCCGUACAGCAUUGCCAGUCUUUUGAAGCAAUAAGAAUCGUAGCACUACUUUUGUAGUUGGCUAAAUGAUGUGUUACUAUAUAAAUGUAACAUUUUAGAUUAUAUUGUAACUUUCACUUUGAAAUGGUUGUAACAAUUUACAGAAAUCUUCAGCAUCUGCUGCAUUCGUCAUCUGAAUAUCAAAAUAUAGAAUGAAAAAAGAACUCAACAAAACAUCUAAGAAAACCCUUUUUAACAUCCUUAAAUAAGUUCAGACAAGUGGAUGUUCUGACAUCUUUGUAUAUAUAGAGUUAUACACUUUUCUUAAUUUUCACAACAAAUAAAAAAGAAAUGAAAAAAUAUCGAAUAUAUAUAUAAAGAUGAAGCCAUUGGCAAUAUGCCUGUCAGUGACUUGGUCAAUCUUAAAGCGGAGAGAUGAAAACCUCGAUCGGGGAAAGCCCUUGCUAUUUUUAAGUUCAAAGUUUGAUCAAAGGAUCAAAGUACAAGCAGACCAAGAAGGAAGGACUUACGAGUUGUUUAGUAAUAACCUGAAAGCGCUAACUGGUCAUAAUUGCGAUGUAGAGGAGAACAACUUCUACCAGAACAAUACCAGAGAUAGAGGAAAUGACAUUAAUAGUAAUUAGUAAGAUUGGAAAACCUGUAAAAUAUAAUCUUCUAAACUAUUAAAACUGAAAUACAUUUUGUACUUAACCCUGAUUUUUCUUAAAUAAUUACUUUGCAUGCCACUGACAUGAUUUCAGUUUUCCCCAUUGACCUACACCUAUUUUAAUUUCCAUUGACCUAGACCUAUUUUAAUUUUCAAAUAUCUCUCUCCCUUAGAGCCGAUAACCACAUGUUUUUUUUCCCAAAUUCGCAAAGACUAUAAAUCCCUGAGAUGAGUCUGUUUUGGGUUUAGAUUACUAUACUAUGUAGAUCUAGCUCGUUGAGAUGAGUUUCCGUCAAUUUCCGCCAGAUCUUUGAUUUGUAUAUAUGAGGCUUGAAUUUUAUAUAUCUAUGCGAUGAAUUUAGUGCUUGAUUUGUUAAUUUUGAUUGUAUUUUCCAGAUUUAAUAGCUGAAGAUGGCGGACUUUUUGAAUAUGUCUCUUGAUGAUAUGGUUAAGAGUAACAAGGCCGCUAAAAGUCUGGUGGUAAAGGUUUAACCUGAUAUAGAAUGUAGUCUGCUUAUGGUAAUGACUUCUGCAGUUGCUCUUAACCGCAUUAUUUGGUCUUAUGCGCCUUUAACUUGUGUGCUAACCAAUUAAGAUCGUAGCAAAAGCCUUAUUGUAGGAAGAUUUGCCUUGCUGAUACCAAUAUACAACCCAUGAACCACUUGAAUAGACAUACACCUUACUAAUAGCCACUUUUUUGCUGAUUAAUGUGGCUUCAAGAUUCUACACACCCUUUUGGCUGACUUUAUCUCUUCCACUUAACCGCAUGAAGAAGAACUUGCCAUGGCAGAAUGGUUUGUUUGAAGAGAGCAACAGAGUAACUGGAAUAGAUUUCUUGAUUGGUCUUGGGAAAUCACUAUAAGAAACUAUAUUUUGUUAAUUAGAAAAGAGGCAUUAAUAUAUUAUGUUGCCAGACAAUGUAACAAUAAACACAGCUCACUGUAGAAAGUUAUCACAAGUAAUCAACUAACAUAGCCAAAUGGCCAAUGCAUCGA